AAAGAAGUGUUUUUAUUAAGCCAAAACACUUAAACGCUGUGUUUACUGUUUGCUAUUGUAUCGCUAGUAGACAAGUCUGAGUGGAAAACCAAACCAAACCGCUAAGUCCAAGCCGUGGACAUUACUAUGUAACGUUAACGUAACGAGAUGACAAAUUUAGCCCCGCGAGCUGUAAUCAACAGGCUAGUUAUGGCAUCUCCAGGGUAUUUUGGUGACGGUCCUCCGAUACGCGAGCGUGACCCGUACUUCACUGAGGUCAUCAGCCAGAGGAUGCGCGUGCCUGAGCGGCUGAGGUUCGGUCCAGCGCCUCACGCGCACUCACCUGCAGACCAAAGACACGAAGAGCUCCCUUCUGCUUACAGCAUGCACAUCCCAGACAGACUGGCCUUAACAGAUGCUCCUGAUCUGAGUCCACGACCUCUCUUCACGAAACACACUUCAUCAGUGUGGGACCUGCAGCAUGGGUCCUGGGACAGGGAGGCCUUCAUGAGGGAGCCUGUCCAGAGUCCACUGCGAAGGUCUUACAGCGACCAGGCCUUUGGUCGAACCCCACCUGGAACCCCCACACACUCCAGACAAACACUGCACUCCCAGUCUCCCUCCUCUAUGUCCGUACUCUCCCGCCCUGUCCGCAAUAGCCGCAGUAUUGGACGUCCACCUGUCGUGCAUACAGACCCGUCCCCACCAAAGCCCCCAGGACUCCCCUCCAUCCCACCCAACCUGCUGUCCCCACAGAGCAUGCUGCAGGCCGCCAAGGAGCUGGGCCAGCAGGCAUCUCAGAAACUCCUCCAGACCGUCACCACAAAAUACUCCUCCAGGUUUGGUUACCCAGAAACCCUUCCCUCUCAGGCUGUGGAGGUUCAACCUGAUCAAAGCAGGACAAGUGCCUCGCAGGAGUUCUGGCUCAGUCCUGAAGAGGACCCAGGUACUGCUGUCGAGUUCAUGGUGCUCCGCAGACAGGUGCUGAAGAUGAGCAGGAGGAUAGCAGGACUGGAGAGACAGAACGCAGAGCACAGACAGACCGAGCUGCUGCUGUUCUCUCUGUUACUGUCUGCCUGUCUGAUCAACGGCUGGCUGUGGAUGCGCAGAUGACGGCUCACACUAUACAGACAGCACUAUAAGAGCAGCAGCGCUGUACAUCACUGCACAUUUUUCUAUAGAGAUUUACUCAAUUCGUUCUCAUAAAAAUGAUGGUCAGUGGAUGGUUUAGAAACCACUGUCAUUAGAAUGAGGCGUUAAUCUCUGAACCUUCCACUCAGAUGUGUCACGUGAUCACAGUAGGGACAUGGGCCACUUUGCAUUACAAGUGAUUUGAGCAUGUUUUUCACUGAUGAUGUCAUUCAGUAAUGCAGUCCCUCUGGCUCUUUUGAUCAGACUAGUAGCUAGUUUUUUGUAUUUGAUUUAUUCUGCAGAUUAAGUAAAUGCUGAGAUUUUCUGCAUGCUUUAGCAGUAUUUAUGAAAAUAUAAAUAUGAAUGUUUAUAUGUAUAUUUGAAUUUUUUCUUGCAGUUAGGCAUUCGAAUAGCCUUCAUCCUUUUUAACUCAUUUCCCCAGCCUGAUGUAUGCUGAAUAUUUAAAAUAAUAAAAGUUGUAAUUAGUCUCAGA